UAAGAUUUCCUUUUCCUCCUCUUUAAAUAUGUCCCACUGCCUUUAAACCAAGCCAGCAACUCCGUGAUCCCAGAGAUCCCACCACUAAGGCAGAUGAGAUGUGUUUGUAGGGAACAUGAACCAGUUUAAGACCAUUAUCAAGGUGGCCAAGGGCAGGCUGGCUCUUACCAGUUGGCACAGCCAGCUUCGCAGGGAGCUCAGCCUCAAUCCCUCCCCGCUUUCUGCUAACCAGUCAUCCCUCCAAUGCCCAAACUUUGCUGGGCGGAGGCUGCCGGGUGGGAGCGGGGCUGUGGGGAGCAUCACUCCUGCGGGAUGCUGUGCUGGGAUCGAUGAUGUCCUCCCCGCUCCCGGCAGCGCCCGCGAUGUGAUUCCUCCCUGCCGGCGGCACCGCUCCCAGACAAAGGCUGCGCUCAGCUGGACCUGGGCUACCCACGCGAGCGCUCCCACCUUCCCCCAACAUCCAACAGACGGAUCAAAGCCCAUCUUUUGUCAUGGAAAGGAUUAACUCCGCGGGGAACAGCGGCGGAGGCUGAGCCCGCCACGCAUCGCCUGCUUCCCAGCACGCUCAGGAGUUUUGGAGCCAACCUCCCGGCAGCUAAUCCUCCUCGCUGGGAAGAGCCGGCAGGGCGGCAGGUGAAGGGAAGAGAACGGGGAGGAGUGUCCACACACACACACACACAUCCACACACACACACCCGCACACGGCACCGGGCAGCGGCAGCGGAUCGGCGGCUGCGUGCGGGGAGCUCCGCGGGGAGCGCAGCCCGGAAUGAAACCAGCUGGAGCAUCGGCAGAGAGGAGCUGUUCGCUUGGAAAAGUCUUUCAGGAAUCGAUCGGGAGAUGCCGGUGAGAGAAGUUGCUGAAAGGCAAGCUGGAAUGGCCAGGAGCUGCGCGCCGCCGGCCCCGUCACACAGCGGAGCAGCUGAACUUUGUGGGGUCUGAACAUUUUUCUCCUCUGCGAACGCUCUGGGCAGCGCUGACGGGAGAGCCAGGACGGCACCGCACACCUUGAGCCCGACCGAGCCUGGGCUAGUGCCAAGGGGGGAUUUCUGUCUCUCCGAGGAUCAUCGCCUCUGAAAAAAAAAAGAAGGGAAAUUUAGCUUUCUUUUCCAGAUGACUGAAAAUAUCUACAGGAUCCUGUCUCUCCGGUUUUCAUCGGUGAGUAGCAUAAGGGACAGGCAACUGAGGAACAAAAAUGAUAUCAGUCAAAAUCAUUCCAGCACCUACUUUUUCCUAAGGAACUUCAUGGCCAUAGGGGUUUUCUGUGGGCAUUUUCAGGAGUGAGACCGAGGUACCACAGAUGCGUCCCUACCGGAUCAUGUAAGAAUUUGCAAAUGAGAAACGUACCCCAUCCAGACCUUCUCUGCCCGCUUUGCAGUACAUGGUUUGGUGUAAGCACAGCAAUUCUCACCUCUUUCUCUCCCUUUUAAGUCUCUUGAGCUUGGAGACCUCUUUCCUCAUUGCAAUUAUGAUUAUUUGCAACAUCAGUGCCAUCAAAGAUUGGAGCACUUUCCUUUCCCAAAUCCUCCCCAGCGUUAACAAGACUCUGAACUUGGUACGGCAAGUGGAAGCCACCACCAGCUCGGUGGUAAGCGUCCUCCAGGACCCUGAACAGGACAACUACCUGUCCAACAGCCAGUCCAUGAACUCCAGCAACUUCACAGCUGGCCUGGACCAUUUGUUCCAGUACUCAUACUCGGACAAUGACCAGCUCUACAAGGAGUACAAACCCCCUCCUCGAGAUGCCAUUCCUCUGCCCAAGGCUGUCCUCUACCUCCUCAUGGCAGCCCUGGUGGUGGUGGCAGUGGCGUACGCCAUCGUCGGGCAUCUCAUCAAGGACCUCAUUUACGACUUUGUAGACUGGAUCUUUGGCCCCAACCCAGAUGACAACAGCAACAAGAGCGACAUCAACUGCAUCAGCAACAGCGUCAACGAGAUGAGCGAGAUGCCCGAGGCGCCGCGGCACCGCGAGCGCCAGCCCCAGGACGUGGUCAUUGCCAUCAGCGAGACUUGCCACCUGCCACAGCAGACGUGACCCGUGCCACACCCGGGCCAGGCGGGAUGGAGCAGUGGGAUGGAGCAGAAGGAUGGAGCAGAAGGAUGGAGCAGUGAAACAGUGCAGCAGGACCGGGCAGGGAGAGGAAGGGAUGGGCAAAGCCGGCACCGUGGAGCAAAGCCCUUCUCCCCCUGGUUUUACCAGCCUCUAAGGACCUUGCGGGGGUGGGUGGCAUCACCCCUUCUCCCAGGCUUGUCAGCCCUGUCCUGACGUCUGCCCUUGGGUUUGUGACCCCCUCUUUGUUCCCUGUGAAUAGCAAAAAAGAAAAAGCAAAUGCAAAAUGCACCCACCAGA